AUGGCGGACGAACAUGACGACUCAGGCUAUCAAUCGAACCCCUCGAGAGCUGGCACACCUCAGCCUCUGUCUAAGAAGGACACAGGCACGGGUCCUCCAUCGGCCAAUACAAGGAAACGGACUACCACAGCACCAGUCUCUGUCUCCAAGCGGCUGAAGUCUGGACAAUCCGACAGACAAGACACUCUGAAAGGCCCGAAGGCAUCUUUCCAGCCGUCCAACACUGCAGUGCCGUCUCGUGAUACGCCCUCAAGUAUGACUCGGCCAUCUGUUGCCCAUCCCCUGUCAGCUGCUGCAACCCCAGACGCGGAUACUGGUACGCCUUCUGCUUCUGCUUCUGAUCCCAGCAAGCGAGCCUUGUUUGGCGCCCUCAUGAAGAAGCAAUGGGGCGAGGGUGGGGUGAUUCGCGACGCUCUGAGAACCAUUGUCUCGCUACAGCACAAUACGUUCGCGGCCGAACCUUUCCUUCUGGGCACCGAGAAAAAGGAUUUGGAAUGGGGCGUUGCUGAAAUUGAUGCAAAGGAGGAAGGGUUGGUCUUGCUCUGCCCAGUCCGAUGCGAAGACUACCAUUGGGUCCUCAUUGAGGCACGUCCCGGCGCCCGAACCGCCCGUAUUUACGACUCCCGGCCAGAUUGCCCGACCGUCCAAUCUGCAGUUGAUGAGAUCCUUUCCCGACUCGACGUCUUGGUGUCCACGCAGACAUCCGGAUCCCCAUGGCCAACCACCCAAGAAGCUUGCGCUGAACAAAUGCACAAAGACGACGAUGGGAUCGCCGUCAUCGCGAACGCUUUUUGUGCUUUGUCGGGAUCAGCUCCGGAGGGAACCUUGGAUUCGCGGGCCUGGCGGCACAGUGUGGCCGCGUUCCUGGAAGCUGUGGGACGCAACGAUGUGGCCGGCCAGUUUGAUGAGCGAAUGAAGGAAGUCACAUUUGAAAGCAUAAUGGACCGGUCGAAGUCGUCGUCCGAAAGCCUGCCAGCACUUCCUGAUCUCAAGGGCGCAGAUCUUGAUCCCAAGGAUGCUGUGAAGCACAUCGAACAGCUUCGGGAAUAUUCCGAAGCAGUGAAGAAGCAAGGGCUCAGUGCAACCAACGCCGCGCAGCGUCUUCUGAACCAGCACCUGCAAAACGUGAGGUCUCAGCAAACCAUCAUGGGGAAGCUGGUGGAUCUCGGCAAGGCUACUCUCAAAGACCUUCAGGCCGGCGAAGCUUCAAUCAAAACGAAGAUUGAGGAGACCUGGCAAGCUUUGGGAGAGGUGCGAGACAACGCGAAUGCUGAGUGGGCAGAGGGGAGGGGACAAUCAUUGGACUGCUUGAUCUCAGACCGCCGAGAGAAGUCGAAGGCUGCUUUUGGAAUAAUGAAGGUGUUUGACAGACUGGCAGGCGUACUGACAAGCCUCCAAUCUCGCGCAGAUAUCUACGACAAAGUUGCCAAGGAGGUCAAGGUGUACCAAAAGAAACUGGAAGCAGCUUGA